AAACAGUGAAAAAGUAGAAGCAUGUAAUAUUAAUGGAUCCAGAGUUGUGCGGGUGCCUUGGGUAAACCAAGUCGAUUGACGCGCGCGUUAAACCAGCCGCAUGUGAUUUCCAGCUUCAGUCAUUUUGGCAGCACGAUGCGAGAGAGAGACAGACACGGAGCUGUGAAACUGGACCCUCUGCCAGAGAUGUCGACGGAGAGGAAUCCCUGAAACCACCGCUGCCCAGGAAAUAUGGACAAAUGUUGUUUUCUGUGCGAGUGCGGGCUGAUUUUUCCUCUCUCGGUUUUUUUUGCACAUCGCUUACAGAGUAUAGUGGACCAGGAUGCCGUGUGGGCGAUGCUGCCACAAGGGAUACAUUGUGAUUUCGCAGAGAUGUUUUAGCAACCGUUGCAUAAAUUAGAAUAAGAAAGCCCGUCACAUGAGGGAUCAGAGUCCAAAGGGAUCUAAUAAGACAUCACCACCUGUUACUAGAAAAUCAGCACGUCCAGCGGUCGGGGACUGCCAGGAGUGAAACCACUACACGAUAGCCUCAUUCUGCUCUUCAACACCCACAGCCAGCCAGGAGAGGUGACAGCACUGCUCUCCAACCACCCAAGUCUGACAGCCAUGAUUCGGGGAGGCCCUCUGCCACGGCUCAGAUCAGGGAUCAACUCACUGCUCGAUGGCUAGAUCUCACCGUACAAAGAGCUGGGGGCCAUUCUACUGAGGCAAGUCUCCGAGUCCCUCUGCAGCACAGGUUCAAUAUCCCUCACUGCGUAGUAGCACAUGGAUUUCAAGACUUCAAAUGAAGAGACAAAGACUGGGAUUUAUUUGAUGCAAGAAGGUAAUGAGGAGCCAUUUAAUAUUCGACUACACUUGGCCAAAGAUAUUCUGACCAUUCAAGAACAAGAUGUCAUCUGUGUGUCAGGAGAGCCUUUUUAUUCAAGUGAGAGGACUGUAACGAUCAGGAGGCAGACAAUUGGAGGGUUUGGCCUGAGCAUCAAGGGUGGAGCAGAGCAUAAAAUCCCCGUUGUGAUAUCAAAAAUAUCAAAAGAACAAAAAGCUGAACUCUCUGGGCUACUUUUCAUCGGCGACGGCAUCCUUCAGAUAAAUGGAAUAAACGUUAGAAGUUAUCGCCACGAGGAAGUGGUCCAGGUUUUGAGAAAUGCUGGUGAAGAAGUGACUCUUACUGUCUCUUUCUUGAAGAAGACUCCAGCCUUUCUGAAACUGCCCCUGUGUGAGGACUGCACAUGCAUCCCCAGCGACCAGAGUAGCGGGACCUCCUCUCCUCUGUGUGAUAGCGGCCUGCACUUGAACUACCAUCCCAACAACACGGACACGCUGUCCUGCUCGUCCUGGCCCACGUCCCCGGGGCUUCGCUGGGAGAAGAGAUGGGUGGACCUGCGCCUUAUUCCACUGCUUCAUUCACGCCUGUCGCAGUACAACCCGGGCUCUGACGUCUGCAGGAAAAAUGCUUUCCAGGUCAUAGCUGUAGACGGAGUUUGCAGCGGGGUUAUACAGUUCCCCACAGCUGAAGACUGCUUGGACUGGCUUCAGGCAAUAGCGAGCAACAUUUCCAGUCUCACCAAGCACAAUGUGAAGAAGAUUAACCGAAAUUUUCCAGUUAACCAGCAGAUUAUCUACAUGGGCUGGGUCGACGAGAAGGAGCAGGACUCCGUUCAGGACCGAAUGUAUUCACCAAAGUUCCUCGCUUUGAGAGGUUCCUCCCUCUUCAAGUUUUCAGCACCUCCUGUGACGACCUGGGACUGGACCAGAGCGGAGAAAAGCUUUACUGUGUACGAGAUAAUGUGCAAGAUUCUAAAGGACAAUGACCUUAUGGACAAGAGGAAGCACUGCUUCAGCGUCCAGACGGAGAGCGGAGAGGACAUGUUCUUCAGCGUGGAACUGGAGUGCGAGCUGCUGAUCUGGGAAAAGGCUUUUCAGAUGGCCACUUUCCUGGAGGUGGAGAGGAUACAGGUCCGCACCCAAACAUGUAAAACAUAUGCCUGUAUCAUGGAGAGCCACCUUAUGGGACUCACAGUUGACUUCAGCAUGGGCUUUGUGUGCUUUGAUGCAGCUUCAAAGGCGGUGCUGUGGAGAUACAAGUUCUCCCAACUAAAAGGGUCAUCUGAUGAUGGAAAGAGCAAGAUCAAGUUUUUAUUCCAAAAUCAAGACUCCAAAUCUAUUGAAGCAAAGGAGCUGGAGUUCUCAAACCUCUUCGCCGUGCUUCAUUGUAUUCACGCUUUUUUUGCUGCCAAAGUCGCCUGCCUGGACCCGAUGUUUGUGGAGAGCCAAGGCACCGCGACCACCACUGGGUUUCCUUCUCUUUCCAGUAUCUCAUGUAAUUCACAGACACCUAAACUCAAAUAUGCCACCUGACAGGCGCUGCUCUCUCCAGACCCCUUUUGAAAAGGAUGCUGAAGUCGUGACUGUGGCCUGAAAUGGAGGACAGGAGAACUAAAAAACACUCAAAUCAUGACAUUAUUGAGGACAGCUGGGGAAUAAAAGACCUCUUUGAGAGUUAUAUACUUGAUAUCUAUGAAGAAGUUUCAGAUUUCUGGGAUUUCUGAAAUACUUGUGGACCUAAACACGAACCUCUGCUUUGAGAAACUUCACAAAAAGACUCUGUGGACACAAAAUGUGUGAUUUAAAAAAUGUUUUUAAGUGAAUUUGUCCUCCUGAUCCUCAGACAUCCUUAUGAUCACAUCACAAAGAAAAAUGCAGUUCUUUUCCCAAGGUAGUCUGCUUUUCUAUGUAAUUUUAUUCAAGGUUUGGAGAGUUAAAAUAAAUCAGAUUUUAGUCUUUUUGUUCCACAUCACUUGAAAUUCUGCAAGGAUUUGUCUGGACACUGGAUACGAUGACGUAGUAUGAUAACACUUGCUCUAUUUCAAUUUCUUUGUGUGAUUUUGAGGUGAAAACUUUAACCAACAUUCAUACUUGAAUUAGCAGUAAAAUAUAAUUUCCAUUGGAGUGUAAUCAGAUCAACUAAAAGGUAAACGGUGACACAAAGCUGAAUCUGAAUUUUGACUAAAAUAGAAAAAAUACUUCACCUGUAAAAUGACUAUUCGUAUAUCAGUUACUCAUCGUGUGGUCAUUGAAUUAAUGAACACUGUUUUUGUCUCAUGCCUCCAUUGUGAACGAAGAAUCCAAAAAGGUGAACACUCUUCAUGAACUGAAGUCACUGAGGACUGCGUUUAACAACAGCAAAACUAUAUCAAAACAUCCGUUCACAAACUCUCACACAACUCGUGCAGCAUAAUUCAAGUCUUAUUUAUCCACACAUGCUCAGUACUUCACAAACCAACCAGCCUCAAUCCCAACUUGUCAAAUACAGAUGUUUGGUGAAUGGUCCACGGCAUCAGACACCAACGCACCGAGGCACCCUUUAGUGGUGGAAUGAAACGCACCUGGCAGUGUCAUUAUUUGAUGCUAUGGGCAAUGACUGUGAUACAACAAGUGAGAAAGCACAAGGCAGGCAGGAGGGGAGGUUGAUGGGUCAAACAAACUGCGGACUGUCAUCUGUGACACUGCUGUUCUUGUCCAGUGGGAAACCUACACUGUCUCAAAUCACAUACUUCCGUUAGUACACUUCUGUGUAGUAUACUAUGUGCACUAUGUACUCAAUGGCGUAGUGCGCGAAUUUCGACAGGGUAGUGUUGUCUCAAACCAAACACGGCCGUUGUGCACUUACCAGAAAGGACGACCGCAAAUUAGCUAGUUAGCAAACUAGCAUUAGCAUUUGUGUUAUCGUUCGCGGAACCAAAUCAUUACAGACUGCUAAAUUAACCCAAUAAACAUACUGCUGGCUUAUACCCGACAACAGUAUACGUGUAUUUGUAUGAUGCAGGGAUGUUCAUGGUCACACAGUCCUCGGCCGCCAUUUCCAGUUUGAAAAGUGGUUCCUCCCCUUCCUCUACAUAGCCAAGAUGGCGACCAUUGAGGGCGAGAAAUGUCCGUAGUUCCACACUCAACUUCUUGACCGUUUUGAGUGCACCAUCCAGGUACUCAUAGUGCACUGCAUUUUUCCAUACUUCUCAGUGUGAACGCACUUAUGCACUCAAAAUAUUAAGUUCAAGUACAGAAGUAUGCGAUUUGAGACACAGCACUAAAGUCAAUCAAAUCAUUUUAAUAACAACAACAACAAUUCAGAGAAUGCUUCAGAUUACAUUAACAAAAUGUACAGUGACCGCAAUUUAACGUUCAUGAAGUAACAACCAAAGCCAGUGGGUUCCCCGGGUCACGGUCACUCACUGGGCCUAGCUUUAGAAACAAUAUUAAAUAUCUGGAGAAUUAUACAAAUACACAAGAUAGGAAGUGUUUUCAAGGAGCAAAAAGUGAAACCAGUGCCUAACAGAGUAACAAUACGAGUAAGAUAAGUACACAAGUUACUCAAAGGCGGAGGUAAUAUAUGUAGCCUUCUAUGCUGAUGAUGUAUGUCUUGUGACGUCAGUAAGGAAAGGACCUAUUUUGAGGCAAACCAUGAUGGGUUUUUUUCUGAACCCAACCAUGUGGUUUUGUUGCCUAAACCCAAGGAAGAAAACCUAAAAACAAAGUCUUUACCUUUGUUCUAAAUGUAUUUUGAAGAGGGACUGUAUGCAUUUAACAAGGGGUAAUUGUUCCUUUACUGUGAAAACGUACAUCUAUUUUGAAAACACAGUGUAUGUGUUAUGAGUGAAAAUUGACACACCGUCCCUGAGCGUCCAAAAUUGAGGCUGGAAGGCUACUUACUUGGUCAUAUUUUGACGUGUAGGGCGAGUUGGGAGUGAGAAUGUGUUGCCCAAUCACAUGUAUUUGUGCUAUGCUACUCGGCCAUGCAUGAGACUGUUUUUAUUCACUUUAAAUCAUAUGUUUUCACAAAAGUGCAUGUGUUUGGGAAGUACUGAGCAUACGACUGGAUAAUGAGACUUGGAUUAUACUGCACAGGCUGUGUGAGAGUUUGUAAAUGGAUGUUUUGAUAUAGUUUUGCUGCUGUUGAACAUAAGCCAUGGUCACUUCAGUUGAUAAAGAAUGUUUGCCUUUUUUUGGAUUCUCCGUUCAGAAGAGAAAAACAAAGUUUUCGUUAUGAAUUCAGUGUAACACACGGUGAGUAACUGAUUCACAAAUGGGCAUUUUGCAGGUGAAGUAUUCCUUUAAUUACACAGACGUUUGCUGGCAGCAGUGACUGAAAUGAACACUUUAGAUGUAUUUGUGUAUGAAUAUACUGAGUACCCUCGUUUAUUUUUCUCUGUAUAUGAAGUAUACCUGCAGGUUAUGGUCAGAAUAUAACCAUUUCCUGGUGUAUUGGAUAGAAAGGCUGAAUGAAGGUGUAGUUUUUACUGUAUGGAUGAAAGAAUGACACUUUGAUAAUCACCAUCCACACUACCAUUAUCUGACAAUACAACUCUAAAGAUGAUUAGAAAACACCUCCCAUAAUGUUUAUAGCUUUUUAUCCCCAAAACUGGAUUAUGUAAAUAAACACUGACAUUCAGAUGAACUCAAAGAGUUAUGAAUUAUGGCGAUUACUUGAGGGAUUACUUGUAGGGAUUAUGGCAUUUGUUAAUUUGAUGUGUACCGGAGACGACCAGGUAGAUAGCUCAUGACCUGGUGCUCUUGUCAUCAUUUACUCUAUGGACCAAUUCAGAAGAAUAAAAUCAGCUAUGGUGUAUUUUUGGAAUAUUUUAUCCUUGUUUUUUUCCUUCAGCUUGUAAAUAUGAAGACUUUUCACUGACAAUAACGAAACACACGGCGAGGAAAACAGAAAUAUGUAGCGUCAUGGCCUCCAAAGGUUUGAGAUGCCCCUUUAAACCUCACUCUGCAUUAAACUGUUUAUAAAUGCAGCAGAGUGACAACUAAACUAUCAUAUUCAAAAGAGUUCAGGUCAAUUAGCGCAAUUAGCCAUGCUCUUACCUUCCAUUUACAGAGUAGACUCCAAACAGAAGAGGCCCGUGGGUAAGUAAACUCUAGAGGAUAGUAAAUUAAAUGGGGUCAGUAAAGUGCUUUGUACUGUGCGGGCCUGUUAAGCUGACAUGAGUGUCUGAGGGAGACUAAUGGUGGUGCAGUCUAUGCAAAGAAAGUCUGAGUGACGCGUUUGUGCUUUAAAAUGAUCUCGGUUGCAUAUACCCUUAUUACACUGGACCUAGAGAGUGAGGUUUAUUUUAUUUUUUGCAGAUGUUUUAUUAACAAAUAUG